AUGUCUCAAUUUUCAGCCGUACAGAGGAGCUCGUCAAAGAGACAGAGCACUGCAGAUGAUGUGAGCGCAAGCAGCACUCCGAUCAAGCGACAUGACUCAGAUAGAAGCUCUAACAUUGGUGGAUCGUUACAAUUUGAGUUUAUAUCUGUUCAAGAACUCCAAGGGCUCUUACAGAUGCAUUUAGCUACGCCUUUACCGGAAUGUGAUGAGAUGUUCCCCUGGUUACAUAGCUAUUCGACAACUCCACCGCCUAGUUUCCCCAAUGCUGUGUCUAUUAUUCGAUCCCAACCUAUGUCAGAGGGCUGGAUCCAGAACUCGGGGAUAUUAAGGUGCUCUUUGGAUCCUCACGAUUUUUUAAUGACCUGGGGUAACGAUAAGAACCAACAGUUUAGACACUGUGACAGAAAUGAGUCUGCUAUUAUUCUAAGAGAAGUUAUGAUUCGUGAGCUUGCCAAAGUUAAAGAAGUUGUGAAUGAAGAUGAUAUGAACGACGCCGUGCAGCUAUGUUUGCAAUACAACGUUUUACCUUUCUUAACGACAGACGCAUACGCUAGGGAGACUUACGGCCUAAAGAAGGGCUGUACUGUGUCUAAUAGUCAUCAGGCAGCAGCAGUACUCACGCCUAAACAACCUGGUUCCUUUAGAAGAUUUGAUAUUCAGUCGGCCAAGAUGCUGGAAAUGUCGCCAGCCAUUGUAAUAUAUUGCUUUGAGAUUGCAGAUUGUCAUAAUUUUUCCGAGAACCCUUGUCGAAAAUGUAAUCAAAUGGCCAAAGUGUUACGCAUAGCAUUGAAUUUGAUUCAGAGAAGUUAUAGUGAGAAGAAAUCAUUUGAAGUCGAUAUAAAAAUUUUGAAAUAUGCAUCGAUAGAUGAGAUCCCAAAAUCGCUGAUUGGUACAGCGCCGAUGAGCACCACAACAUUGAAUAAGAUAACCCCGCAACAGCUUGUUUCUCAGUUCGACGUUGAGUCAUUUAACAACUGGGAAAGAGGUCUUCUCUACCGAGAGCAGUUGGAGAUGUCUAAGAUGUCGUCUGCUUCCGUCGUUGAACAAUCGCGUUCCGUAUGGUGCGGUAACUGUACCGAUUACCAAGUCUAUAAGCUAUUGAAAAAAUGUGGACACCUAAAUGAAGGCCAGCCAUCUCAUCCACCCUGCUUUUCUACAGAAAACUCCAUUGUGAAAUUGAAGAACAUUAAAUUCAGCCCCGACUGUCAGGAGGCAGUUGAUACCAAAUUCUUUAAUAUAACAAAUCCAGAGAAAGAAUGGAGCAUGAUGAUACGAUGCACGGAGAGUGCUGCACCACCGUCAUUGGAGAAACUCUGGGAGUGUCUGGCUAAUGCAUUGAACGAUAGGAUAUCAAAACCUGCCGAAUUUAAUUUUCCCAGCUCAGGUACCAUUACUUUGGGCUCUCUCAACAUUAACUCCAUCAAAGUCAUUUUAAACACUUGUUUCAUAAUCCACCAACUCACCUCAAUGGAAGGCCAUGGUGUGUUGAUCUAUUGUUCUGAUGGUUAUACCGAAACCACUUUUUUGCUCGUCUCCUACCUCAUAUUCCUGUGGGAUCUCUCGCUUGAGGACACACUGGUACGAUUGCACACUGAAUUCCAACGUCCAUUUUUCCUGUUCCAUAUGGAUCUGCAAGUGCUUGGACAUCUUCAAACAUUGCUCAGGAAUUUUAGUCCAAAAAGAACUGAAAAUGCUGCCCUCUUUCAGAGCCCUCUUGAUGGUCAGUUACAACCAUUGGAAAUUACUCCAGAGAUGUUCAGUAAGAUCUUUCUGUUUAGGAUCCCAGCCGGCUCGGAUUUUUCGAAUUUGAAGGGGCCAUUACCAUCUAGAAUCCUGCCGCAUAUGUAUCUGGGGUCUCUGGAGCAUGCUCAGUCCCCAGAGCUAUUGCGUAAACUAGGCAUCAACUACAUUGUUUCAGUUGGAGAGAAUCUUUCUUGGGUUGAGACUUCCAACCAAAGAAAUAGAGCUUCUUCAUCACCAAUACCUACACCAGCAUCUAAGGUUAUGAGCAAUUUCAAGUCCCGCAAUCGUGGGUUUAGCAUGGAAAAUAACCAAAAGAAUAACUGCAUUGAGGAGAAUCAGAGCAAUAGCUUUAUCGACUUCUUCGAGAAGGAGGAAUUCAAAAUUUUACGAGUGAUGAACCUUGGAGAUAAUGGGAAAGAUGCCCUUACCCACCAAUUGGAACAUAUCUUGAAAUUUAUUGGUGAGUGUCAUGAUAAUAAUGGGAAGGUUUUAGUACAUUGUAUGGUUGGUGUCUCAAGAUCUGCCACAGUCUGCAUAGCAGAGUGCAUGAAGAGGUUGCAAUGUGAUGUUUUGAGAGCUUAUAUAUUUGUCCGAGUGAGACGACUGAACAUCAUCAUCCAGCCAAACCUAAUGUUCAUGUAUGAGCUUCUCAAGUGGCAAGAACAACAGUUACAGGGGAGGGAGAUCGAUUGGCAUAUAAUAUGCCGGUCAAUAUCAGAACUCAAUACCAACUACAUAUGA